AUGCAUGAGACGGGUAUGCAGUUUGAUUAUCGCCCUGGAAAAAUAAUUGCUAAAAAAAGAGUAAAGUAUCUACAUAGUCGUACUUCAGGUAAUCGGGAAACAAUUACUGUUUUAGCAUGCUUAAAUGCAACCGGUAACUCUAUUCCUCCACAUUUUAUAGUAAAAGGAAAAACUAUAAGAUCUCUGUGCAAUUUCAAAUGGAAAAUGCCCCUAACGGAAGCACAUGAAGUGUUUCAGACAGUGGUUGGACAAAGCAGGGCAUUUACAAAGUCAUUUCUUCCAAAUAUUGGUUCUGACAGACCUCAGUUACUCAUUCUAGAUGGACAUGACUCACACAACUUUGUUGAGUUAUUUGAUGUGGCUGUGGCAAACAAAAUACACAUUGUUGAAUUGCCUGCGCACACUUCCAACUGGCUACAACCAUGA